GAGGACGGCAACAUCGGGGACAGAUAAAAAAAAAUGCUGCCUUCGCAAGAAGCCUCCAAGAUCUACCAUGACAACUACAUGCGGAACUCGAGGGCCAUCGGGGUCCUCUGGGCCAUCUUCACCAUCUGCUUCGCCAUCAUCAACGUGGUGGUGUUCAUCCAGCCCUACUGGAUCGGGGACAGCGUGAACACGCCGCAGGCCGGCUAUUUCGGCUUGUUCCACUACUGCGUGGGCAGCGGCGCGCCGAGCCGCGAGCUCUCGUGCCAGGGCACCUUCUCCGACUUCAGCUCCAUCCCGUCGGGCGCCUUCAAGGCGGCCUCCUUCUUCGUGCUGCUCUCCAUGGUCCUGAUCCUGAGCUGCAUCGCCUGCUUCGCGCUCUUCUUCUUUUGCAACACGGCCACCGUGUACAAGACGUGCGCCUGGAUGCAGCUGCUGUGCGCCGUGUGUUUGGUCCUGGGCUGCAUGAUCUUCCCGGAUGGCUGGGAUGCGGAGGUGGUACGUGACAUGUGUGGGGAAGAGACGGGAAAGUACACCCUGGGUAACUGCUCCGUGCGCUGGGCCUACAUCCUGGCGAUCAUUGGCAUCCUGGAUGCCCUCAUUCUCUCCUUCCUGGCCUUCGUACUGGGCAACCGGCAGAACGACCUACUCCUCGAUGAGGUCAAGGCCGACAACAAAGAUUGAAGUUCAGGACAGCAAAGAGCCAAGGCUGGGAGUCCAGCGAAUGCACUGAGCAGACUCCUGUCUUGCACCGCCCCCUCUCCUCUAACCCCUCCCUCGACUCUUCAGGCCACACCUCCAACGUCCGCGUGGAGGUCUGCAUACAGCCAUUUGUAAUAUAGAACUUGGAAGGCAGAUAUUUUCAACGUUGGAAAACAAUCCGCACGAACGUGUCUUUUGACAUGAAACAGGAAAAAAAAACAAU